AUGUCGGCCCCCAGACGUAGCCAACGAAACAAAAGCAAACCGGACAUCCCUAAUACAAGCAAAGCCAAGAAGAAAAAUCCUGUGAAGUUAAAGCACUCUCAGAAAAAAAUUGCCAAAUCUAACGACAUACAAAAAACUGUUAAUUUAAAUGAACAUUCCGUAACACCUAUUCACAUAAAACGUUUCGUGUGUAAGAUAUGUAAAAAACGAUUUGAUAGAAAAUUUUUGUUCAAGAAACACAUGUUCUUGCAUUCAAGGCGAAAUUUAAAUAGUGCCAGAAGGACGAAAUUGCGAAAGGAAUCGUUAAAAACUAUAGAAAAUAUCCUGUCAAAGUUUGAAGUCGAAGCUGUUUCAGUUAAAGACAUACCAGAAAUUGUUUCACUUAAAGACAUAGCAGAAACUAUUUUAGGUGAUGAACCAGAUACUUAUUUUGUUAAUGACGAACCAGAAAUUGUUUCAGUUAAAGACAUACCAGAAAUUGUUUCAGUUAAUGAUGUUUCAGAAACUAUUUUAGUUAAUGACGAAUCAGAAACUAUAUUGAUUAAUGAUGAACCAGAAACUAUUUUAGUUAAAGAUGAACCAGAAAUUGUUUCAGUUAAAGACAUAUCAGAACUUGUUUCAGUUAAAAAUGAACCUGAAACCAUUUUUGUUGGAGACGAACCAGAAGGUUCUGAUACAAAAAAUGAGAAAUCACCAGAAAUUAAAGUGAAGCUUACAAAGAGUGGGAAACGCCCAUAUAAAUGUACAAAAUGCCUUAAAGGUUUUGAGACAGAAAAGGCUUUUGAGGCACAUGCUCCAUGCAAAGGCAAACUGCCAGGAAAAAAAAGAUCUUGUGAAUAUUGUUUAAAAGUAUUUUUUAAAGCCUCCUCUUUAAAGCGUCACUACCUUGUCCAUUCUGAAGAAAAAACUGCAAAAUGCGCCAUUUGUAAUAAAAGCUUUAAGCACUCCUACAAUUUGACUAAGCAUAUGUUGUCACAUUUGAAUAUAAAGCCUUUCGAAUGUGAAGUAUGCACCAAAAAAUUUUCCAUCAAAGACGCAUAUAAGCGACAUAUGUUAAUUCAUUCCAUUCAAAAACCUUUUGAGUGCAUGAUUUGUAAAAAAGGUUUUAUUAGACAAGAACAAUUACAGCAACAUUUGAAGAUGAAUCAUUCUGAAAAAUCGCAAAAUCCAUUCACCUGCCUAAUUUGUAACAAGAUGUAUAAGAGGAAAUGUAAUUUGGUCCAACACCUGAAAGUUUGCCGUCCGGAUCAAUCUGAAGAAAUAGAAGAAAACAAUACAGAGGAUUUUUGA